AUCGAGCCCCAAAAAUAUAGGAAUCUGCAAAAGCAGCGCCCUACUUUACAACGACCUCCCCGUGACCUCUUACGAAUUUGAAGGUUGCGAAUUUUCUGACAUUCAAAUUAUCAGCGAUUUAGUCCUACUGUGCCGGUCAAAAAACUAGUAUUAAUUUCCGUUUAAGCAGAAGAUUAAUCAUGCCAAUCAAGAGUAUAUACGCGAGACAAAUCUUCGAUUCCAGAGGAAACCCCACUGUUGAGGUCGACUUGGUGACUGAUUUGGGGCUUUUCAGAGCUGCUGUGCCAUCUGGAGCAAGUACAGGUGUGCACGAAGCCUUGGAGCUCAGGGAUGGAGACAAGGAAAACUACCACGGCAAGGGUGUCAGCAAGGCCGUGAACAACAUCAACAAAACCAUCUCACCCGCUCUAGUGAAGGCCAACCUGGAAGUCACCCAGCAAAAGGAGAUCGAUGAGUUCAUGAUCAAACUGGACGGUACAGACAACAAGUCCAAGUUCGGAGCUAACGCCAUCUUGGGAGUUUCCCUAGCUGUGUGCAAAGCGGGAGCAGCCAAACGAGGCAUCCCUCUGUACAAACACAUAGCCGAUCUGGCUGGAAACAAAAACUUGGUUCUGCCCGUGCCCGCUUUCAAUGUUAUCAACGGUGGAUCCCACGCUGGCAAUAAGUUGGCUAUGCAGGAAUUCAUGUUGCUUCCCACCGGUGCCUCAAACUUCACCGAAGCCAUGAAGAUGGGUUCGGAGGUGUACCAUCACCUGUCCAAGGUAAUAAAGGAAAAAUACGGUCAGGACGCCACGUCCGUAGGAGAUGAAGGUGGUUUCGCACCCAACAUCCAGAACAACAAGGAAGCUUUGAACCUUCUGAACGACGCCAUCGCCAAGGCUGGUUACACCGGAAAAGUGGAGAUCGGUAUGGAUAUCGCCGCCUCCGAAUUCUUCAAGGAUGGGCUCUACGAUUUGGACUUCAAGAACCCCAACUCCAACAAGAACGACUGGGUGCCCUACGAGAAGCUGACCGACAUGUACAAAGACUUCAUCAAGGAUUUCCCAGUAAUAAGUAUCGAAGAUCCCUUCGACCAGGACCAUUGGGAAGCCUGGGCCGCUUUGACCGCUGGCACCAACAUCCAAAUCGUCGGCGACGACUUGACUGUCACCAAUCCAACCAGGAUCCAAACCGCCAUCGAGAAGAAAGCCUGCAAUUGCUUGUUGUUGAAGGUGAACCAGAUCGGUACAGUUACCGAGUCAAUAAACGCUCACCUUCUGGCCAAGAGGAACGGAUGGGGCACCAUGGUUUCUCACAGAUCCGGAGAGACUGAAGACACCUUCAUUGCCGAUAUGGUUGUGGGACUUUCUACUGGACAGAUCAAAACAGGUGCCCCUUGCAGAUCGGAGAGGUUGGCCAAAUACAACCAGAUACUGCGUAUCGAAGAAGAAUUGGGAGCUGGCGCGAAGUUUGCCGGAAAGAACUUCAGGAAACCCCAAGCGGUCGAGUGUAGAUGUGGUGGCAAAUAAGGAAUUGUACCCAAAUUUUGCAUGACAAAUGAACAAGAAGAGUUUUUAUUUGGAAUUGGUAAAAUAUAAUGAGUUGUAUACAAUAAAUUUAAUAUUUUUAAAUCCUCAUUUUAAUUUAUUUAAUGCCACGUUAUUUUGGAAAUAAAGUUAUUUCUCUGUGA